AUGAAUUAGGAAAUCAAACAAGCUAAAUAUGGUUUAAUAAUGAGAAUGAUAGCAAUCAGAUUCGAGACUGUCAUUUUGGUAAAAAAAAUUGAAAAUUUUUUUGUGAUAAUUAUAACUUAAUCUUUUAAACUUAUCCGAAUAUUAAAUACUGAUUAAAUGAAACAAAAAAGGGUAGUUAAAGUGGAUAAUGAAAGAAUCAAAAAAUUAUAAAUAAAGGAAACUAGUGUUAACUUAGAUUGGCUGCUAAAAUAACCAAAUAUUAAUGAAAUCUAAUCAACAUUGUAAUUUAUAUCACUCAUCGAUUUGAAUAUCGAAAUAGAUAAUUUUGAUAUAUAAGGCGUCUGCCAUACUGUUUAUAACAAUCAGAUAUAAUUGAAAUAUAUUUCAAUAGCAAACGAUUUAUUAAUUUUCUAGGAAAGUAAUUGUGUAGUUUUGAGUGGCUGUGUUAUCUAAAAGAGAAAAUUUCAUAGUAAUCAUAAUUAACUAUUUUUGAUUUCUUUAUAAAAUCAAAGUGGAAAACUGCUAUUGCUAUUCUAACAUCCAAUAUCAUAAAAAGAAUGGUAUAAGGUUUUAAAAUUAUCAGCCAUAUAAAUCGAUUUUCUUAAGAAAUAUAGGAUAUUAGAUAACAUAUGUUUAAACUUUUAUUAUGUGUCACACAAAAAAAAGAAGAAAAAAUACGCAGCUCAAAUUAUAAAUAGAAAAAACUUUAAACUCUAUGAUUAAUAAGAUGUCAUAAAUAAUUAUAUAAAAAUUUUAAGAAAUAAUAAUAUCUAAAAUGUUUUUCCAAUUAUUAGUAUAUUUGAUGAAAAUGAUAUUCUAUAUCUAAUCACUGAAUAAUUUGUAGGUAGCGCUUUUGAAUAAUUAUUAUCUAGUCAGAAUACCGUAAUUACUCAAUCUGAUUUAGCUUUUAUAAUCUUUUCUGUUCUUUAGAAUUUGAAAAGUUUAUAAGAUGAAGAUCUGUUUCAUGGAAACUUAAAUCUAGAUAAUAUUGUCAUUAUCAAUUCAUCAAGUUAGGUCGGAGUCUAUGUGAUUAAUCCAAUUUACAAAGUUUACAAAUCAAAAUCUAUUGAGUAUUAUGUCCACACUAUUCCUGAUUAUCUUGUUGCCCCUGAAAUAAAUGAUACCUAAGCUCCGUCAGUUUCUAGUGAUAUUUACUAAUUGGGGAUCCUUUUGUUGUUGGUCAGCUUUUAAUGUGCGUCAGAAAAACUCGAUGGUUCGUUUGUUCAAAAAGUGUUAAAAAAUAAAUAAUUUUUGGUAUCUUCCCAAGAGAUCAAGUUUUAAAAGUGCCAAGAUUCAGAUUACCCUCAUCUUUACAGUGCUUGCUAACUAGAUUUAAUCAAGAAAAUGACUGAGAAAGAUCCAACUAAAAGAAUUUAGGUUUAAGAUGCAAUGAAACAUGCAUGGUUUAUAAAUACUAAAGAUAAACUUAAAAUGCAAAAAUAAUAUUUCAAUAAGCAUUUACCUAGCCUAAAAACGAUUAUAGAAAUGGUCGAAUAAAGUGAGUAAGAUAUUAGAAGAAAAUCCCUGUAAUAAUCAGGAAUUAAUUUUACCCAUCAAAUGGUAUCAAUUUAAAAAUACGAAUUCAGUCCCUACAGACAACAAUAACCAGAAUUUAGUCCCCUAAAAAAGACAUCAGAAAGUUUAAAUGAAAUUGUUGACGAAGAACAUUAAAUAAGCAAUUUAAUUGAUUAGUUGAAUAACAAAUAAUAUCUGAUGUUGCCUUCGCAAUAUAAUCAUCUCAAUUAAGCCAAUAAUUAGUUGAGAUUCAUCCAAUCUGAAAAUAAUUUAGACUAAUUUCAAGUUUGA